AACAGGUGAACUAUACUUUUACGUAACUUAUUGGUUGGUCUGAAACGGAACAUUUCAAUUGGCUAAGAAGACGUUUGCUCUGAUAGCCAUUAAGGAAGCGCUAGCAGAAGCUAUUAUUUGCAUAGACUCCACCCCUGUAUGACGACCUUGUUGGAAAUUAACCAAUAAAAAUGCAGUCCUAUGCGAGCCUUCAUUUGCAUACGGGCUCUAUAAGUAGCGCGUAACGAAGCCGCUUGAAUGUAGUCCGGAUCGUUUCGGCUGUGUGGCGUUUCUUCGAGCAAAAAUGCCUGAUCCAGCGAAGUCAGCUCCCGCUCCCAAGAAGGGCUCUAAGAAAGCUGUUACGAAAGUGCAGAAGAAGGACGGCAAGAAGCGUAAGCGUAGCCGUAAGGAGAGCUAUUCCGUCUAUGUGUAUAAGGUGUUGAAACAGGUUCACCCGGACACUGGCAUCUCGUCCAAGGCCAUGGGCAUCAUGAACUCGUUCGUCAACGACAUCUUCGAGCGCAUCGCCGGCGAGGCCUCCCGCCUGGCGCAUUACAACAAGCGCUCGACCAUCACGUCCCGGGAGAUCCAGACGGCGGUGCGUCUGCUGCUACCCGGCGAGCUGGCCAAGCACGCCGUGUCCGAGGGCACCAAGGCUGUCACCAAAUACACCAGCUCGAAGUAAGGGCAUGCAAAGGACGCAAUAGAACAGCUACUUUUACCCCAACGGCUCUUUUCAGAGCCACUUAACUUGUCACAAGAAGCGGCUGUCCACACUUGUUAAACGCUUGGGUGGCUUUUAGGUUGGGUGGGCUUGUGGUCUCAAAUAUUUGGGCAUGGGGUUAGGUUACGACUGAUUAAGCUUGCCCUGGUUAAGACCUGGAAUCUCCUAUGGUGCGGUGGUGUCCCCCUAGUGGCACGACUCUUCUGGUAACAAAACUCGUCCUCAAAAUGGUCUCUGUCUACUUCUAGAGGAAACUGAGGUACAGGUAACAGUAAGCAAAGUUGAUGCAGUUCUGGGUUUUUUGAUUUCUGGCGGUCGGGUGCUGUUCUACUUUAUUAACGCUGUAUGUCAACACGAAACUUAGGCCAGCUGACGUUUGUUUUCCUUAGUAUACAGAUAGCUUUCUGUUCCCCACUGUUUCUAAUGUUCCAAUCUAACAAACGCUUCUAGGCGUUUGUCGCAAAUGGUUUCUAAUAAAGUCUGCUUUAGUCUGUU